AGAGAGUUGUUUUCCGGAGAAACAUCGAUAUUUUCAACUGUAAAGCCACCUGUGGAAGCAAAAGUUAUGAAGUGUGUGAUUGGUCUUAUCAUCGCUGCUGUGUGUGUGCCCGUGAUUGACGCACACUUCGAACAACACGUACUGCCGAAUUUUGCGAACACGUAUCAAUACCGUCCUCCAAAAUGCAACAAGUUCCAAUCUCGCAGACCAAGUGUUAGCCAGCAACAAUUCACGUCUCAGAUAGCAACUGGCCAAUGGCUGAGUUUGUACUCGGUGUUGAUCGGAACGCCAGGUGCGUUUGGUAAGGCCAAACACAUUUGGCGUGUCUCUGGAAACACAGUCACCCGUACGACUACAGUCAGCGAAACAACUUGUCAAAGGAGAAUCGUCAAUUUCACUCUGGGAUCGGACCGUUGUGGUGCAGCACUGCUAAGGGAAGUUAGUCCAGGUCAGAGGUUUGAAGUCUUCUACAGCCAAGAUCCCAGCAAGUACUUCUGGUGGCUGAUAUGCCUAACCCCAGACCCUACAUCUGGCUCCUGCAUCUCUGGCUUCUUCGACCUCGUGGUUAAAGACACGCGCACGAAUCUGACGGGAGACCUAAAUCUCGUCGGCCUUCCCUGGGACAGGAUUGCCGCUGACCUGAGAGCGAUCCGUGGCAUCACCUUCGACAACCCCGCCGUCACCUACGUUUGGACCGGAACUGAAUGUCCGAAUCCAUAAGACGAGUAAAAGCACAGCAAUCAGUCGGAUGAACAACUAAUACCAACGAUAUAAUAAUUAAAACCUUGUUUUUGUAUCAAUUUAAUACUAACAAUCUUUAGGUGUAGGUUAUUUAUGUAAUGACAUUUUCAAAAUGUUCUGAAAAUUAAGAAUUCAUCAAAAUAA